AGAGAGCCUGGCCAUGUUCUUUAGGAUUGGGGCUGGGCAGACGGGCUUCAGAGUGGACACCAGUGAGGAGUCACUGACCUGAAGACUAAACGCUGAGAGCAAUCAUACUUUAAAGCGGGGUAAAGGCCGGAGUUAUGAGGGUGGGAGCUGCAGCCCUGUCUGGGGGGAUUUUUGGGGUAACAGGGACUCUGUGUUUCUUCCUGGCAUUUGGUACUGACUACUGGCUGGUAGCAAGCGACAACUGCGGACCAUAUAGAUGGCCAACACAAACGACACCGAUGGGAGACAAAGAUGCCAACGGGACUGAGACUCUGUUGGUGGAAGAAGCGAGCGCCUCCCCUCCUUCCCUCACGCUGCACCACGAGGGCUUUUUCUGGCGCUGUGCGUUUCAGGUGGAGCCCACGACGCACGCAGUCCUGGCCACUCUCUUCACAAACCAGCCAGAGUCUAAGGUUUGCAUCCAUGGUUACCUCUUCCCACUACCGGUUGCAGUUGGACAAGUCCCUCAUCCAAAUUAUGACCCCACAGCAGUGUUUCGGGGCUUCUGGACCGUGCUGAUAAUCCUCGGACUCGUCUUAGCUCUGGCUGGAGGCUUCCUCUUGGUCUGUGGUGUUCCUUUCAUCAGCUACAAACUCUACAAGUUGGGCGGGGCCUUCCUCUUAGCUGCUGCCUGCCUGUUCCUGUUCACGCUUCUGCUCUACGUGUUGUGGAUGGAGGUGGUAGAUGUGAAGAGCUACAUCCUUCAGGAGAGGGGGGAAACAUGUCCGAACGCUGAGGUUUCAGUCCUCUACGGCCUGUCAUUCAUGGUGGCGGCUGCCGGAGUGCCCCUGGAGCUCAUCUCUGGUUUGGUCUUCUUGCUGGUGGGCCGUGCGAUUCAUGCCAGCAAGUGACCUGCCCGCCUGGAUCACGGGGUGGAGAGGGGGGCUGGGGGUGGAGGAGAAGCCUGACUUUUUUAUGUCCUGCACUUGACUGGUUUAGCGUGUUUUUGGGAUGUAAGUAGAGGAAAGACUGCCGCUGCUUUGGAUCUCCUGGAAGUUUUCUAUCUGUCUCCCACUUUGCUUAAUUUCUCCUCAAACGUCACUAUUUACUUAAACAUGUUAUCACUGCCAUGUUUUACUAUCACCACAAAUGAUAAGCAGACGGUGAGAAGUGCACGGGUGAGCCAGCUGUGUCCUGAUUCUGGCGCGUGAUCAAAGUGUGUUUAGCUGCAGCAGAGUGAGGUGGGAGGCAGGAAUGGCUGGAUGGACCGGAGGCUUGGGGAGAGGGUGGGGGUGGAGCGGGAAAGGGGAAGAUAUUGGGGGGGAGAGACAGAAAGAGAGAGAGAAUUGAUGCAUGGAGGGGGGGCACGAGGGUGCUUUGAGAAAUGAACAGCUGUUUGUGGGUUUGGUUGGUGUACAGCAGGCCAGCCACCUGCCUCCUUCACCCCAAUCACAUUUUACUCCUCAUUCAAUCCCCCCAUGCUUUAUUGUUUCUUUAUGUUUUUUGUUCUUUUUUCCACCUUUUACAGAAACUUUAGAUUUAGAUUUCAAACCCAAAGUGCAGCUAAAUCCAAAAAUAAUUCCCAAAAUGAGCCGUGCCCUACAGGAAUCCCUUCUUUUCUUGUGUUAUUCAAAAGGAGAAACGCUGACGUGUGAUUGUAUCACAAGUGCUACAAUAUUAGCUCGUCUUUCCUUUUCACUGCUCUGAAUGGAAACAAGCGGCCGGACUCUCGAUCACAUAUCAGCUUUCAUCUGAGGAGCAAGAACGGCGGUGAUGGUGGUGGGGUGUAUGUCUGCUUCAAAGGACUCGACACACGUGUGUUCAUGCACACGCAAACACUCGCACAUACACGCUGUGAUCAAACUGUCCACUGAUUUCUGAAAUACACGUGCACAUAAUAUCUAAAUAUCGUUACUAGAGCUGCUUUAUGCAAGACCGACUGUAAUAUCUUUGCAAUGAAAUGCUGUGUGUGGGAUCAUUUCUGUGCUCUGUCCACAGCUGCGUCAUUAACGUCACGUUUUAGCUGUUUUUGACAUCUGUGAAGUUUUGCUGUUAAUACAUUUUCAGAUUUAAAUAAACCUUGAAACAACA